AGAGUAUUUCGAGAACUGUCCUCGCGCAGUCCGUCCCUGGCCAACAUGAGGCAACACUCGAGAUCUAACAGCAUCGGUAAAGAUAACGAUUUGGAGCGAAAUGAAGAAAAACAAAAUAAAUUAGAUGUCCCGAAUAAAUUAAAUAGAAAAAAACGCAAUGGCAUCAAAGAAUAUUUAAUAGAUUACACAGCCAACUCAAAUUUACAUGGCCUGAAAUAUAUAGGAGAAAAAGAACGUACCCCCGUGGAAAAAAUAUUUUGGCUUUUUAUGUUUAUUUGCUGCGUAAUUUUGUGCGCUAGUCUCAUCAGAAAAGUUUGGAUAAAAUGGAAUGAAAGUCCAGUCAUCGUGAGCUUCGCUGAAAAUACGACACCAGUUUGGCAGAUUCCGUACCCAGCUGUGACUUUAUGCUUCGAAACGAAAUCUAUGCAAACAAAAUUCAAUUUUACUGCAAAUUAUCACUUAUAUAAUAGCACAAUAACACGACCAAAUAUGCCACCUGAAGAUCGGAAAAUGUUCGAAGAUUUGACUUUGGUUUGCGAUGACUACUUGGCAUCUGCUGCUGGGAGAAAAUUCUCUAACGCUAGUGAAACAGUGAAUAAUAUAAAAUCGGUUUCGCCAAAUAUAACUGAAGUAUUUUUUGGUUGCAAAUGGAAAGAUAUACCAAAAGAAACAUGUGAAAAUCUCUUUGCACCAAUAUUGACCGAAGAAGGUCUCUGCUACACUUUCAACAUGUUAUCCGCUGAAGAAUUAUUUAGAGUAGAAAACUUACAUGAUGACUAUCCAUAUUUAGAACGAGGUCUAUCUAGACCAGAUAACUUGACUACCUUUUGGAAUUUAGAAAAUGGAUACCCACCCGAAGCUCCGAUAGAGACAUACCCUCAUCGAGGUUCGGGAUAUGGUGCAAAAGCUGGGUUAACGUUUCUAAUGAAGACUAAAGAAAUUAAUCUAGAUUACUUGUGUAAAGGUCCCGUUCAAGGUUUCAAGAUUCUGCUCCAUAAUCCAGCAGAAUUACCUAGACUAUCUCAACAAUAUUUCCGUUCACCUUUGUCUCAAGAAGUUGUUGUAGCUGUGAAACCUAAAAUGAUGACUACUUCAGAUGGUCUCAAGCCAUAUUCACCCGACAGACGUCAAUGCUAUUUUCCAAGUGAACGCUACCUUAAAUAUUUCAAAAUUUACACCCAAUCUAAUUGCGAAAUGGAAUGUCUCACAAACUUCACUUACGCCAGAUGUGGCUGCGUACACUUCGGUAUGCCGCAUGGGAAGGAUAUGGAAGUCUGUAAUACUGGUAGUGUAGCCUGUAUUAAAGCAUCUCAAAUGGAACUGGUGGUAGCCGAUAUAGAGUAUGGUCUGAACCUUGAUAACAAUAACGAUACGCUCGGCGAGGCGCGUACGAUCGCUUCGAAUUGCAAAUGCCUCCCUGCAUGCACCUCCAUCGAGUACGAAGCAGAGACUUCACAGGCUGAUUAUGAUUGGAAAGCCAUUUAUCAAGCGUUCCAAUAUCCUGUCCCUGAAGAAGAAAUUGAUAUGAUGUAUGCCCGCGUAAUGGUUUUCUUCAAGGAGCCACAAUUCAUCACGUCUCGUAGAUCAGAGCUGUACGGUCAGACAGACUUCUUGGCUAACUGUGGCGGUUUACUGGGUCUUUUCAUGGGUUUCUCCAUAUUGAGUGUCGCUGAAAUAUUAUAUUUUCUUACAUUACGUCUGGGAUGCGUCAUCUGGCGUCGUAAGACAGAAAAAAUGAAUAAACCUGAGAAAGCACAAAAUUAAAUACCUAAAGAUUUUAGUGGCAAAACUUUUUACAAACUAAAUUGCACAUUUUAUUUACCUGUACUUAUUUAUCUUAUCUUACUUACACAGAAAUGAGAUGUCCUAAUGUGUAAUAGGUACUUAUGUGUAUUAUGUAUUCACUCAAAUAAUUAAUAAAGAUAAAU